AUGUCGUCUGGCAAAAAUGACAAGGUGGUUAGCAUUCCUGUGAAUCGUGAGUCGCGAUCAUUCGAGAGGCAAAGACGUGACUUGUUGACGGGUUUGGAACAUGGAGGUAGCAGUGGUCGUGAGAACUCUAUUGCACCAUACCAUGACGACUGGCCGAGCACAGUGGACAACUGGAUCAGCUCAGCGUGGAGAAGAUGGGAUGAAGACAUGCGUCGUAUGAGGCGAGGGAUGUUCGCUCUGUUGCCAGUGGACGACUUUGGCGUGUCAGCACUGCACGAUCCAUUUGCCCUGAUGCGUCAGAUGGAGCACCACAUCGAGGAUAUUCGAGACAGGAUGGGUUCAUUGGACGUGCCGUCGACUGGGUCAUUGACUGACUUCCUGAAGGACGCAUACGAGAUAGGUGAAGAUGGGAAGGUGCAUUUCAAGGUGAGAUUCGAUGCGAAAGGCUUCGAUGCGGGCGAUAUCAAUGUGACAUCGAGUGACAACCGUGUGACUGUGCAUGCGAAGAAGGAGACGAAAAGUGAUGGUGGGAGAUGUUCUCGUGAGUUCUGUCGGAUGGUGCAGCUUCCUCAGAGCAUCGAGCAUAAUCAACUGAAAUGUCGUCUGACAGAUGAUGGUGUUUUGAUGCUGGAGGCGCCUGUAAAGGUUUCCGCGAACCAGUCACUGACGUUGAAUGAGUCCGGUCAGGUUGGUGUGCGACCGAAGCCGGAUAAUCAGAUACAAGCAGUACCUGGGUCUAAAGCCCUUGCGGUGAGAGGUGUUCAGGGUCCAACAGUUGUGGACGAUGGUUCGGGUGGUAAACGAUUGCAUGUGGAGGCUGCAGUGGAUCCUAUCUACAGGCCUGAAGAUUUGUGUGUGAACGUGGAUUCGAACCGUGUGGUAAUCAGUGGACGUCAUCAUAAGGAGGAGAAACAUGGUGGAUCUGGGAAGGCGAGUUCGUAUGCUGAGUUCAGUCAGUCAUAUGCAAUUCCGGAGACAGUGGACCCGUUAUCUGUUUGUGCUCAGGUAGUUGGGAACACAUUGGUGGUAGAAGCGCCGUUGGAGAAGCGAAUUGAAGUUAGCCGUUGA